GUUAUCGUGGUCUUGUUUAAAGGUGCUGUUGUGGACGAAUCCAACGGCAAAGUCCUUGUUGUCCAGGACAGAAAUAAGACUACGAAUGCUUGGAAGUUUCCCGGUGGUCUGUCAGAUCUUGGAGAAAACAUCGGCGAGACGGCCGUCCGGGAGGUUUUUGAGGAAACGGGCGUCCGAUCUCAAUUCUGUUCGCUCCUCAGCGUCCGUCAGCAGCACAAUCAUCCGGGAGCGUUCGGGAUGUCCGACAUGUACCUGAUCUGCAGACUCCGGCCGCUCUCCUUCCACAUCGACUUCUGCCCUCACGAGUGUCUGCGCUGCGAAUGGCUGGACCUGACUGAACUGGCCCAGACCAGCGACAGCACGCCGGUCACCAGCCGCGUCGCCAGACUCCUGCUGUACGGACUGGAAAACGGCUUCCAGAACAUCGACCUGACGAUGGAGCAGAUGCCGGCCGUUUACUCCGGCCUUUUCUAUCAGCUCUACCACAGACGACUGCCAGAGACGGCAUAGAGCAACUCCACACCGCACUAAACCGUUUCAGUACAGUACAAUCAAGAUACAUUCACUGGAGAAGCACAGUGGCUUGAGACAUUUAGGCCUGGUUCCACAGACAGAGCUUAGACUAAGGCACAGUUUAAUUAGGAUAUGUAAAGUGUUUUUAUAAGCGUGCCUUAGAAAAAAGAUAUUACUGAUGUGCAUCCAAACAAAGACUGAUAUAUUUUAAGAUCAGUGAGUGCAAGUUUCUUGCUCUCUUAAAUUUAGACUUUAGCUUAAGCCUUGUCUGUGAAACCAGGGUUAGUCUUGUUUUCUGAAAAAUACAUGAAUGCAUAUGCUUAAAACCUAAAUUCAGUGGGGUCCGAAAAAUAAACUUUAUUUAAAGGGAAAACAAGAUUCCUCUUAUUUUUUUUUUUUCUUUUCAGAAAACUUGAUUUUUAUUUUUAUUAUUAUUA